UUUAAAGCAAAACCCUCAGCGCCGAAGUCCCAUUCACCCUGGUGAUUUGGAAGAGAGCAGAGUCGAGAACAACAAGAGUUGUAUUAGGCUAAAAUCUUACUUGCGUCUACCAUCAUGAGUGUGAUUAAACCAGAAAUGAAGAUCAAGCUGCGUAUGGAAGGAGCUGUAAACGGGCACAAGUUCGUGAUUACAGGGGAAGGAAGAGGCCAGCCUUUCGAGGGAAAACAGAAUAUGGAUCUGACAGUCAUAGACGGUGGACCUCUGCCUUUCGCUUUCGAUAUCUUGACAACAGUAUUCGAUUACGGCAACAGGGUAUUCGCCAAAUACCCAAAAGACAUCCCAGACUAUUUCAAGCAGUCGUUUCCUGAGGGGUAUUCUUGGGAACGAAGCAUGACUUAUGAAGACGGGGGCAUUUGCAUCGCCACAAAUGACAUAACACUGAAGAAAGACGUCGACAYAUGUGACUGCUUUUUCUAUGAAAUUCGAUUUGAUGGAGUGAACUUUCCUGCCAAUAGUCCAGUUAUGCAAAAGAAGACCGUUAAAUGGGAGCCAUCCACUGAGAAAAUGUAUGUGCGUGAUGGAGUGCUGAAGGGUGAUGUUAACAUGGCUCUGUUGCUUGAAGGAGGUGGCCAUUACAGAUGUGACUUCAAAACUACUUACAAAGCCAAGAAGGUCGUCCAGAUGCCAGACUACCACUUUGUGGAUCACCGAAUUGAGAUAACAUGGCAUGACAAGGAUUACGACAAUGUUAAGCUGUAUGAGCAUGCAGAAGCUCAUUCUGGGCUGCCAAGGCAGGCCAAGUAAAGGCUUUGACGAAAAGCCGAGACGACAACAAGCAGAAGAAAACUCUUUUUUUUUUUGUUAGUUAAAAGCCAUUUGCUCGGAAUUAGUGUUUGAUACAAUCGAUUCAAGGUUUUCUUUUGGGAUUUGAUAAGCACUCGCUUUACAGUCAAAUUUAGUUAAAGAUAGAAUUACAGUAGUAGUCAAAUAUAUACAAAUACGAAAAUAAUAGUGAGAAUAAGCUUGUUGUCGAAACCAGGUUUUUUAGAGUGUCCUUGUCAUGGAGUACUGGUUUUUGAAAGAUUUUGAAUUGUUUUCCUUCCCCUUCUUCUGACCUUUUGUUUGUUUUAAAAGGCAAAAUACAACAAAAAUGGUUCAAGAUUUAAAAAGUGUUUAUCAAGUUGCGUGAUUCUCUACGUGAUCGGUAAUUACUGAUAAUGGAUUGGACGAAUUUUGCCCCGUCCAUUUUGGCCAUCAUGGCUCGCUCCUGAAACCUAUACUUACGAAUGUGCUUUAGUCGAUUUUCCAACUUCCAGUAAAUUUAUUACUUGGGGAACUCUAGGAAUUAAAUUCUGAUGUGUCCUUUAGGUAUAUCAAUCCAUUUUUAAUUCUGGAUAUUCAUCUCGAUUUGGGUGCUGCCUCUUGUUUACAGUAUCGUAGAACAGUUGAGAAUUGAGUCGUGUUGUGUUUAUUUGAUUAAACUUAGGUUUCUCUCCGGAAAAUAGUUUCUAGUAUACGCUUGCCAUUAAAAGCUGUAUUGAAUGAUUUUAGGUAUAAGUUUAACAUAAGUGAAAAAUAUGGCUAGUAACAAAAAUAGCGUGAUGAAUAUAUGCUAGCAAUCUUUUGAGUCUUAAGUUGUUAUGGAAAGAUAUCUAGUGUGUGUGCAUCUAAUUAAGUGUUCGAAAAUACCUAUAAUCUGCAAUUAUGAGAAGAGGAUUUUGAAAAGGAGCCAUACUGUAUGUGAAUAACAGAGAAGAACUUUCUGA